AUGUCGUCUGUUCCGCUUCAUAGAAUUGAUCAGUUGCAAGGCUCUCUGCGCAAAACUCCGAACACACCGACUUUUUCUCUCGCAGUCACUCGAACGAUCUGGACUACUGGACCACCAAUGCCAGGGUUUCAACUUCGUGAUAAGGAAUACCGAAGCUAUUUCGUCCAUAUCUACAAGGAACUCACCGCGGCAGCUUGCAGCGGAGAUUCGCAAAUUCCAGACCUCACCCACAAGCAAAUCUUGGAGAUAGUGCAACAGCUGAAAGUACAUCCAUGCACAAAAUCAGAGGCUCAAGAUUUCUUCCGUUCUGCAUCAAACAAUAAUGAUGCGCAACGAAUUGAGAGGGCUGUAAUUCUAGCUGCAGGAUUGCUGGUCCCUCUAAAUUUCAAAGCCGGAGGGGGAGCUCGACGAGGCGCAACCGUAUCUUGGGAAAAUAACGAUACUCUGAGCCAAAUGGCAGAGAAAGAAUUCGCAGCGAGACUUCAAACCUCAAGUGCUGCAAGAACGAAAUGCCCUUCUUGUAAUCGUGUCACGAAGUUCCCGCGGAGCUUCAACGCAAGACAGCUCACUCGAAUUGCCGGAUUCGAGAUAAUAUGGACGAACAAUCUCCUAGAUCACUUGCUCCUCGAGGAUGAUGACGGAACACUCAAAGUCUACAUUUUUCAUCAAGCGAAAAUCCUUGAACAUCAUUUGUCUCUCGCAAAUACAAUCAUUCCGAGCAAGUUGAGCAAAGAAACUCUCCACACCCUUGCUAUGUUGAUUCCGCGAAGUGACCGGCGUGUGAGAAAGUGGUACAAAGGUCUUCAAAAAACGCACGUCCUGGAUCCGGGUGUUCUUUCUUUAGAGUACUUGAAGCCGGAACUUCGAGAUAUCGAUCACUUCAAGUUCUGGGGGGAUUGA